AUGUUGAGGAUCAGUUCAGAGCUGAAUUACGAGGAAACAGAAUGGUCGGAAGUUCAUUACAGCUUCAAGACUGGAAAGACCAGACUAUGCUUUCAAAUUCUCGUCGCUUUCUGGACGUUAUUUGCUACUGCGCUCAUCCUCUUAAUCACUACAUGGUACAUGACUACCAAUGUGGUGAUAUUUCCUGAUGCCAAAGCCGUGACCGUCACGAGAAACCCAGCCAUUGUUUGGUAUACCAAAGACAUGCAUUGGCUUCCAUACAUCAAUAAAGUUACAUGCAGAAACAGUACUUUACAGUGUGACGUUUUCCUCAAGAGUUCUCAAUACCAAAAUCCAGAAGCGUACCUAUUUUACGCUACGUAUAUUGAGGACUAUCCUUUGCCAAAGAAUCACAACACGAUAUGGGGUUUGAUACACGAAGAGUCUCCAAAGAACAUCCUUGAAUUUGUUUACGAAGAAUCAUUGAGCUUGUUCAAUUUUUCGUCAACUUUCAGCAGGUUUAGUGACGUACCGUUCCCGCUCCAUCUCCUGAGGUCUUUAGAGACGUUAACAUCAAAAGAGUUUUACGUCAAUACGUCGACGAAAAACGCUUUUCUGACGCAUCUGGCUCCGGUUUUGUACAUGCAGAACGACUGUGACACUACCACAGAAAGAGACGAGUACGUCAAAGUUCUCAUGGAGUACAUAAAAGUUGACUCCUAUGGCGAGUGCCUGCACAAUAAAGACUUGGUCAUCAAUAGAUCUUAUCAGACAUUUCUCAGUGACAAAGAUAUGUACCAGUUCAUAGCUAAGUACAAAUUUAUGAUUGCAAUAGAGAAUGGAGUGUGUAAUGAUUACAUGACAGAGAAGUUGUGGAGACCUAUACAAGCUGGUGUGGUGCCGAUAUACUUUGGAGCUCCGCAGAUCAGGGAUUGGCUGCCGAACAACAAGUCGGCCAUACUGCUGGAGGACUUCCCCACGCCGGAGCUGCUCAGCCAACACCUGCACUACCUCCUGAACAACGACACGGCGUACGAAGAAUACCUCGAGCAUAAGACGUUAGGGAAAAUAUCCAAUCAGAAUUUAUUGGAAGAAAUACGCUUAAGGCCGUAUCAGACGAAUUAUUAUGAAGCCUUGAGAGAGUUUGAGACUUUUAUUUGCGAAAGGAUUUACGACAAGAAUAAUACGAAAGUCAAUGUAGUCACAAGAGCACAUUAUGACUGUCCGUUACCAGUUUCAGCGCUAACUCUGUCGGUGAAUCCGACAAAUGUUUGGAUAGAUAGAAUAGAAAAGGCAAAAACUACGAUAGACAUGAUACAAAGACUAAAUAGUAAGGUUGUGGACAGAAGUUAA